AAAACAAACAACAAAACGAGUGAAACAAUUCUUACGUGGCCGCCUUUCUUUCGCCUUCUUGCACCGUCGAGCAAGAUUGGGUUUCCGCCGUUGACGCCUGAAGAGUAACACACGUGGCACAUCACAUGACUCCGCAACCGCAAUCGCAUCUACCGCCUUAAAAUUGCCCGGCAUUCUUUUGUGCCCGCACUCACCAUAAGCGACAACAUACCCUCUCGUCUUUCACCUCACACCUCACUCACACAUCCGUCCGGAAUCUUCGGCAAUGCAAGGCAUGUCGUCGUCAUCCGCCGAUAAUGCUUCCUGAUGCGACAAUCGACAGUGCAGCUGAGAAGCUUGCCGCGUUCCGAAAUAACAACGCCCUCAACGAUAUUCUCGACCAGUACGCUGUUCUGAUCAAAGACUAUAAGCGUCUUAAAAGCGAUUAUGAAGAGGAGCGUGAGGGGAGAGAGCGCUACAAGCAGCUCGCAAGAGGUCAAGAGCGUAAUCCUUUUACUCUUGUAGUCGUUGACGGAGAUGGUUACAUCUUUGACGAACGCUUCGUCAAAGACGGUGAAGAAGGCGGGAGCAGAGCCGCCAAACAACUCAAUGAUACUAUCAAAGAUAGUCUACGCCGCAAAGGUCUCGAAUCCUGCGAGGUCAUGGUCCGCGUCUACGCCAACCUCACAGGCCUAUCAAAAGCACUUUGCAAAAACGGUCUCGCCGGUGCAGAGAAGCGAUCAUUCUCAUCAUUCACAGCUGGAUUUAACCGAUCUUACGGUCUCGCUGAUUUUAUCGACGCGGGCGAAUUAAAAGAAAACGCCGAUUUUAAAGUCAAAGCCAUUCUCCGUCUCUACGCCGACAACGCCCAGUGCAAGCAUAUUUACUUCGCGGCCUGCCAUGAUGUGGGCUACUUAUCCGACCUUAUCCCCUUUAGGGGCAACCGUGAAAGAUUCACGCUUAUUCGAACGCCGAGUGUGUUGUUUCAUAAGGAGUUUGACAGACUUGGCAUGAACAUUGAAGAACUCCCUGGUGUAUUCCGCCAUGUACCACUCACAUACGCUUAUUCUACUGUGCAAACAAAGACGGCUCUUACGUCGUCAACCAAUAUCAGCAAAGUCGUCAACUCACCAUACACAAAUUCUACGAUCAAAGGAAACUCGAAUGAUGGGAACCCGGUCUGCAGCUUUUACAUGCAAGGGAAUUGCCGAUAUGGCAGCGGCUGCAAGUUCUCUCACGUCGACAGUAAAACAUCCAGUCAGAAUAGUACACCUUCGCCAUCUACAAUCGGCACAAACACAAAGAACUUGACGAGCGAUUGGCGACGCGGUUCCAGCAUCACCAAGAGUAACAUCGAGUCUCUUCCUCGAAAGAAAGAAAUCCCAGACGGUCAUGUGGCUAUUAACGCAGUCGAGGACCGUCUCGACGCAUACUUACCCCCACCUGAUCCCGAUGCCGCAAGGCGUCUCAAGAUGCUAUCGCAGGAGAAGAAAUUCUGCAAUAAUGCGCAGUUAUAUAAUUCAUGCGACAGCGACAACUGUGGAUAUGAACAUGCGCCGAUUGAUAAAGAACUGCUCCCAGCGCUUGAACAUCUUUCACGUUCUGUACCUUGUACGCGUGGAGGAGCUUGCCGAAGAGCAAACUGUGUUUAUGGACAUGUGUGUCAGCGAGCAGAUUGUCGUAAUCGAGCUGGUGGAAAAAGCUAUUGUCGUUUCCGCCCGAGAGUUUGCAUCGCAGACUAUUCUCCUGCCGACUACGUUCCGGCCAUUGAUCCGCCUAUGAUGUCCCCAUCCCUGCACUCUGAAGAUGUUGAUGGGCGCAACGCAGAAAAUGGAGGAACGAAUCUGUGGGGAGAUCAGUAAUAAGACUUAAUCUCCUCUGUUGAAUAGUUUAGCUUUUAUAAGACAAAACUAAAGAAGGUAAAUUAAUUAUUUCUUGAGGUAAAGUUGACUUGAAGGUCGGGAAGAGUAAAGGUUUUUAUUAGAACACCAGCGCAUUUAUACUUUACGGCCUG